GUCGAACUAGAAACGAACUCAGUUGUUUCGCGACGCGCAACCUGUUAGCGUCGUGGUAUCGUGUCAUCUUCGAUUUCGUUCCAUUUAACAGUUUUUUCCUCCAAUUUCUUUGUUCGACUCGUGUCCCUACAGUGUUUUCAUUCGUUCAUCGUCGAGAUCGUUUUGCGCGCGAGGAGCGAUCUCGAGAUUCAUGCUCCGAUCUGAUCGGAGGAAAGGAUACGGAUCGACACGCCAGGUCCGGGUUGACGAACCCUCUUGAAAGAAGCGGACACGUCGGUACUGUAAAAAUGCAGCGCGUCGUCGGAGCGUUUGGUUAACACGCAAUAUACCUGCUGGUUGCGCGCGAACGAACGAACGGCAGUCGGCAAGUAACGUCGGUGAAAAUCCAGUCGGGCAAGGGAGCAGUUGCGUUACACUUGAAGUAAAAAGAAAAAGAGAGGAUCCCGGUGUAUGUAAUCGGAACGGCGGCCACAAGGUCGACACAUCGACGACGCAUUGCUGGAUCGCUACCUGAACAGUGGAAUCGAGUUUCAAUUCGAAAUCGAUGGAUUUUCAAAAUCAAACUUACAAUACCAGUGACUGUGCCUCUGCAUCGAGUAAAACAAAUAAUACUUUUUGUAUCGUAGUUUCGUAAAACGCGUUCGGUACAACAGCACGCUCGAUCGAUUGUUGACCGAUCGAUACGAAUCGUUCGGUAAUAUGUGCAAAGAGAAUACCAAAUCCGAAAGGGGAACGCGGUGAAUGAGUGUGGUGUGUCAGUGGAAAACGGUAUCGUUUAUUUUACGUCGGUAAAAAGACUCCGGAAGCCGCUAUAUUGGAGAAGAAGCGAGAAAGCGGCGUGCCGCUCUUCUGUGUACCGCGGCAGAGGCGAUCGUCACAGUCCGAAAAUAAUGAAGAGAUGAUCGCAAGCCUACCGAUACACAGCGGCGGCGGCGGCGGCGGCGGUGGCGGUGGAGACAGCGGAGGAGUUGGAGGUGGGGGAGGAGGUAGUAACGGUGGACCGAAUAGCCGCGUGGGCCGUGGAUUGGCACUUCACAGAUCAAAUUCGAGUCUGGAGCUUCCUCACAGUCCGGAUCCUGGCUGCUCUCGCGUACCGGAAACUCCUCUGAGAAGGGAGUAUGGGUCUCACGGAAGCAUCGACGUAGUGGCACAAUCGGUGACGGUCGGUGAGAAUUUGUUCGCGAUGCUCCAAGACUUGAGGCCGUCGUCGUCGUCGGUGUCGACAGCGUCCACCCCUCCGUCUUCUUCGGAUCAGCGGAAUUCGGUGGAAUACCUGAGACGCGUCACAGACGGGCAGAUCGUUGACGUGGACGAAGUUUGCGGCCCGACGACCGGUAACUCCAGCCCGAAAUUACGGUUGAAGCUGCACAGACUGUGGGGCGCGAAGGCGACGACUCGGCCAAUGGAGGAGAGCUGCAACAAUCCGGUCGGUGUUUCAGCGGACGUCGAGGAACGACACAGAAGGCGAGCGUUCGCCCACUACGACUGCCAAUCGCUCACCGCGAAUCUCGGCUACGCGGCCAAGCUGAGAGGUAUUCUGCUCGCGAGGAGAAGGAACACCGCGACUGGCGCCUCGGCCGCGAGUUCCUUCAGAGCGUCCACACCCGACGAGACGCCCGAGGAAGACGCUGGUGAUGGACGAGGCAACAACUUGCUGGAAUCGUGUCCCUUCUUCCGGAACGAAAUCGGCGGCGAGGGAGAACGGGAGGUGGGCCUCACUCGGUCAUCACCAGGCAACGGUGUUCACAGACCGUCUUUGUCAUACGGUGUCGCGGUUUUGGAACCGGCACCCGGCGAAUCAUUGUGGAAGCACACUUGCCCUCUGCAGAAACGGCCGCUGCCUAUCGAGAGCAUCGACGAGGGCGCUCAUUACUACAGACGGUACUUCCUCGGUCGAGAACAUCAGAAUUGGUUCGGUAUGGACGAGCAGCUGGGCCCGGUUGCCAUCAGCAUCCGAAAGGACGGCAAUCAGUAUAGAAUAAUAGUUCGCACGUCGGAGUUAUUGACGCUUCGCGGCUCGGUACCGGAGGAGGCACUCGGCGGUAUAAGGCCGCAAGGCAGGCUACCGACCAGAGAACUGUUGGAGUUGGUCGCACCGGAGGUUCAACUCGGUUGCCUCCGUCUGGGAAUUUCCUCUGCCGAGGAGGCUGUGACUAGAUUGGACGAGCAAGGCCUCUCUAACAAAUACAAAGUAGGCGUUCUUUACUGCAGAUCCGGUCAAAGAACCGAAGAAGAGAUGUAUAACAAUCAGCACGCUGGACCGGCGUUACUCGAAUUUCUUGACUCUAUCGGCCAAAGAAUCAGACUGCGAGGAUUCGAAGGGUACAAGGCCGGUUUAGACACGAGAACCGAUUCAACCGGCACCCACGCGGUCACCGCAGUCUAUAGAGGAGCAGAAGUAACCUUUCACGUGUCAACGAUGUUGCCUUUUACUCCGAAUAACAGGCAGCAGCUGCUUAGGAAGAGACACAUAGGAAAUGACAUAGUCACGAUCGUCUUCCAGGAACCUGGCGCGUUACCGUUCAGCCCUCGAAGGAUACGGUCGCAGUUUCAACACGUGUUCAUUGUGGUCAGAGCUGUUGAUCCGUGUUCGGACAACACUCAGUACAAGGUAGCCGUAUCCAGGAGCAAAGAAGUAUCAAUUUUCGGGCCACCAGUUCCUCAAGGUGCGACGUACACCAAGGGGAAAGCAUUUGCUGACUUUAUUUUGGCGAAGGUGAUCAAUGCAGAGAAUGCUGCGCACAGAUCUGAGAAGUUUGCCACGAUGGCGACUAGGACGAGGCAAGAGUACUUGAAGGACCUCGCUAACAACUAUUCUUCCACCACAAUGGUUGACACCGGACAAAAAUUUUCUAUGCUGUCGUUCAGCAGCAAGAAGAAAACCACCGUCCGACCGAGACUGUCUUGCGACGCUUUGCAACGCGGAGCGAUAUGUUGGCAGGUGAUACUAGAGGACAGCAAUCAGAACACGGAUUGCUAUUUAGGAAUAAGCAUAGAUACGAUCGUCUUGAUCGAAGAACAUUCCAGACAGAUCGUGUUCGUUACUCCAUGCGUGAGCGUGCUCGGAUGGCAUGCCCAGACAAACAGCUUGAGAUUGUACUAUCAUCAAGGGGAAUGUAUCACCAUUCACGUGCGCGGCGAUUACGGGGAAAGAGACGAACUGAUGGAGAUAGUGGCACGUUUGCGCGCUGUAACCCCAGGCUCUCCAGCCACGGAACUUUCCUUGAAAAGGAACAGCCUCGGACAAUUGGGUUUUCACGUACAGCCGGACGGUGUGGUGACACAAGUCGAAAGUAUGGGCCUCUCUUGGCAAGCAGGAUUGAGACAAGGAUCCAGACUCGUCGAGAUCUGCAAAGUAGCCGUGUCCACUCUGAGUCACGAUCAGAUGGUUGAUUUGUUGAAAACCAGCGCCCAGGUCACUGUCACCGUGAUACCGCCUAACAGCGACGGUAAUCCCAGAAGAGGUUGCACGUUGCAAAACUGCCAGUAUUUAUCGACUAACUACGAAGGUGAUUACGAGAACGUAACCAGCCCCGAUAACACACCGACUCAGCAGACAGCCAUGUCUCACCAGAGACGAUACGAGCGAUCGUUCAGCCCGCCGCGAUCGAGCAACAGUUCCGGCUACGGGACGGGAUCCAGUUCCAGAUCGUUCAACGAUCCGCGAUUUCCCAUGGAGGGAACAAUGACCAGCAGUAGCAGCGGGCACAGCAGCAACGACGAUCGUUGGUACGAGCUUCUGGAGCCGCAAGACCAAGAGAGUGCUGGGUAUCGUACCAAUACCGACACGCCUCCGCCACCACUUCCAGCCAGACAAUCCUUUCAGAUGAUCGCUUCGAAGUCUUCCGCCCAGAGGAAAGACAAGGAAUCGCAUUACGCGAGUAGCAAACAGUUCUCGGAGAAUUCGAAGCAUCAUCACAGCCAGCAGCAGCAGCAGCAGCAGCAACAGCAGCAGGAUCAUUACUCGAAAGAGAGCAAUUACGCGUCACCGAAAUUGAUGCAGAUCGACAACAGCGCGAGACACGACGGUUAUCAAAGGCAGUUGGACAACUCUUACCGCCACGACCACGUUUCCACCAACUACGUGAAGCUGCAGAAAGAGAAGUACGAGAUUGGCAAGCAGGAGAGCUUGUACGCCUCUCAGAGGGAGCUACAGAAAAACGACGUGCACUACGUUACCCAUCAGAAGCUGAACGCGUCCAACUCUUUGCCCUUGGCGCAGAACGCGUCCUACAGUCUGCCCAAGUCUGGCAGCAACAACAAUCUCGGAACCAGAUGCAACGAGUACGAGCAACAGCAGCAACAGCACGACGGCAAGUUGGACAGAAGCUCCAAGUACGAGACGCAAGACGAGAAGAGGGCAGCGGCGAUCAGUUACGAAUAUUCGGAGGAGAUAUACGAGAGACGGAACAGUAAAUACGACAUGGAUGUCGGCAAAUACGAGAUCGAUUGUCAGCACGUCAGUGUUGCCAGCGAGAGGAAACACGGAGGCGGUAGUGGCGGUGAGAACGUGGAGCAAAAUCGGGAGUCGAUCAGGUACGAGUUGCCGCACGAAUUCAAAGUCGGCGAGAAGGUGACCUGUCUGAAAACCAGCAUCAGCGAAAGGCCAGUACCUCACAAAAUAAACGUCGAGUAUCGGCAGACGAAAGACGUGUUCGCCGCGAGUCUACCGCCGGAGGUGGUGAGAAUCGCCGACAAUUGCCCGGAGGUGGCCGCUCUGCCCAGCGAGGACGAAUUGUCGAACGGAUCCGGGAGCGUGUCGCCGCGACUGAGAAGAGCGACGAACAAACAUCGGCCGGGGAAUCUAACACCGUCGAGCGCCGGUUCGAGGAAUCAGAGCCCACGGCCGAAAACGUCGGCCGUGCGAAACUCUCACCGGAAUUCCGCCAAUUUAACAUCCAGCACACUCCAAGAGGAUCUGAUGAAGCUGAUCAAUCCGGACUACAUCACCGACGACGAUCAACUAACAACGAACAACGUGAUGGCCGGCCACAAUUCGAACAAACUCAACAACAACAUACUGGAGAUACAGAACAGGUGUCGAUCGAGGGAAAAUUUAUGCGGCAACGGUGGCAACGCGUUGACCGUUCUGCCGACGAACGGCCAGGAGAACGGGAACACCGGGUCCGAGGUGAUCCUGACAAUGGCCAGACCGGCCACCGUCAUUUCGAACGCGAGCACCGCGUCCAGCCCCGCGCCCAGCGAGAACAAACUGUCGAAAGAGGAGAGAUUGUCACCGCGCGUUACCAAACCUCCCCAUUCGAUUUCCAAAGCACCGACCAACACGAUGUCCGUCAAAGACGCGAAAAAUCAUAACGAUACGGACAUGGAUCGUUGGCAAAAUCACCACGUGGAUUCUAGAUCGAAGCAGCACGCCCAAGAAUGGCCCGACGACAGACUUAUCGAUGGAUGCAAUACCAUCGCAAGCUCCGUGUCGGACUUGCAGUCGCACCUAUCCACCCUCGAGCUGAGAGUCGCCAGGGAGACGCGCCGCAGGCUUUCCCUCGAGGACGAAGUGCGUCGUCUGCGCGACGAAAACCGGCGCCUGCAAGACGAGAGCCACGCGGCCGCGCAGCAACUUCGACGUUUCACCGAAUGGUUCUUUCAAACGAUAGAUCACCAGUAGCCGAUCGCUCGUUUCUUUCUUUCUUUUUUCUUUUCCUUUUACGAGUCUUUUCUUCGUUUUGUAAAACCAGUAUUACGACAGUUUCGCGUUUCUUUUAGAUUUUAUGAAUGGUCCAAGGGGGAGGCGUGCAUCGUCUCGCGAGUACCGUAUUUCUCGCUUGUAUUUUGUAUCAUAGAUUUUUAGUUUUAGAUAGCCGUAUAAGGGUACAAAGUAAGUUACCAUCGGAUCGCGCUUCGUUCAAUCCCCGAUAUCAAAUGUCUACGGUGUAAGAAUUAGUAGAUAGGACGCAGUAACCGGCGGUGAUUCGUUGCCGCCACUACCGCUGCUCGGUGAAACGUUGCUUUGUUCGCGAUUAUGCGUGCGUUUACUUCGAAAAAAACGACCAAAUAUUUUCUAGCUUUGUAAGAAUCAUCUUCAACUCAUUCGUAAUUUAUUACGUAUCUUCUUUUUCGAGAGCCGUUAAUGUUAAGGUAAAUCGUUUCACGUUUUAAAAAUCGAAACAUUCCUCGAUCACGGAGAAACAUCGUUGCCGAUGACUGACUUGCGCGUUUGUAAAAAAAACAGAAACAAAAGUAUUUCCUUCGCAAACAGAGAGAAAGGGACACGGCUCGUCGACGUAUACAGUGUAUUAAACGACGAGACCGGUCGACAACGAAAAGAGAUGCACACAUCUUGUUAGAGAGAUCGCUCAUCAUAGGCAUGCAAAUUGACGAAUCACGAUGAAUCGAUAUAUAUAUAUAUAUAGGAAAAUCGUUUCGAAACUUCAAAAUCGAUGGACUGUAUGGACAAUAUGGAGAGGAGAGACAUGUUUUCUUCUUCGUCUUCUUCUUUUUUUUUUUUUAUUCAAAAAUAACACGACCACGUAGAAUAAAAUAGUUUAUUGUAAUUCACAGAAAAAAACAAGACAUUUCCAUGAUGCCUGAAAACUCACUGUUCCGUUAACAAUAGUUUUGUGAUUACAACACACCCUUCUCUGUUCGGGGGGGAGUCCAAGUUCGCUGGUGCGCGCAUUCAUGUUAUCAUGAUUCGUGUAGAACGUCCAAGUGAACAAUACAGAUUAUUCGACCAUAUAA